AUGCCAUCUGGUUCUUCAUCUGGUCCAUCGGAGAAGGAAAAGGAUUCUCCCAUUAAAACUUUGCCGGAAAACUCUGAAGAACAACAGCCACGACAGGAGGUGCCUCCGGCUAUGACGACAAUCACAAAUGUCGCUGCGAUGGAAAAGGCGUCUGUGGAAAAUGCUGCAACGGUGGUUACUAACCGUUUUGACGUUCUGGAAAUGAUCAAUGAAGAGGAUAUUGAGGAACCAUGUGUUGAACGUGUUCUUGAUGUUAUGAAGGUGACUCAAACCAUAACGGAAUCGGGGGUUGCGACAAAUGUUGUGGCAGGCACGUCUGAGGUUGCGACUGGGCUUUGUGUUUCGCCCAAUGCUGAGAUUGUUGAUUCUGUAGCAGUGGUGGCUGAGACAGAUUGCAAAAUCUUAAAUGCACCUAUAAUUGCUAAAUCUGGAAUGCAUGAAGGUGAUCAUCUACUGUUAAUAGAGAACGUAACUUCUUUGUUCGAAGGAAAUCGAAGGGCCGCAAACAGAAAACCCUAA